AGACUGGACUUUAACACACUGUAUGAGCGAUUUGAGCAGAAAUGCAGCACACUUGGCCGAAACAACAGUGGAAGAAAUCAGUCGGUCAGAGAUGAGAGAAAACAAAUGUUCGACAAGAUUAUGGUCAACAUCAGUGUUCAGAUGAAAGCUAGGUUUGAUCAUUUUGUGAGCUAGCUUUCCUCGGUUUGGUCGACUGUACAAAAUUUAAUGAGAGUUCACAACAUUUUGAUGACACCAAACUGCAGAGCCUGUCAAAAUCUUAUAACAAAAUAAAUUAGGCUAAGAAAAAUACAAUAGAAUGUUGUAUUUUUACCCAUGGGGUCAAAUUUUGGAUAUGAAAUAACCAGUAGCCAAUUGAAUAAGCUACUGUUUUUGGUUGAUACAUUUGUAAAUCUGACACUAAAGGAGUCGGUGCCUCACCAACCAUGAACCUCACCGCACGCCACUGGUACUGUACUUACACUCUUCCGCUUCUGGAAAAAUCUCAUCCCCGACCUUCCCAUUAAAAAUAUUUUUUAUUACCUUAAGUGUCCAGUAGAGUUCAGCAUGGAACCAUCUUAAACUACAGGAAUGAAAACCAUACAGUACUUUUACAAAAAUAAGGUUUCAGCGAACAUCAAAUAAUACGUACCUCAACGCGUGAGUUUUUUUCCCGCUUAGAGCAGAUGUGUUACAAAAUACAACACGAUGACAUCUGUCCCCUCGAUUCCAUGCAGGGCCCAUUUGGGUUCUUUUCAAAUGAAUUACUUUUAUUAUAUGUACACAUUUCAAUGUUGAGAUACUCGUACCGGUAACUUGAGUGCUUUGGCAUUUAAAUGAUCAACAACCAUUUUGACAUUAAAUCAUCCCAUUAUUGAUUUUAAAUACAGUAUGUUCACAAUUUCAAGAUUAAUUCAUAUUUAACAUUCCCAGAGUGAUAAAUUGACUUGGUUUUUUUGACAUUCUGAGAGUACCACUUGUGCAAACUUUUAUUCUUGCAAACAGAGGCACUUUUUCAUUGUUUUCUAUUAAAAAAAGGGGGUGGAAUAUCAAUAUGUCUUACUCAGAUUCACAUUAUGUUGAUUAAUUCAUCAUUUUAUUUCUUUAAUGACUCUUGAGACACUGUGCUAUGCUAAUCCUGGAAUCCUAAUUUAAAAUUUAGGGACAAUAACAAUCCUCCUCACUUGCAUGUAUCUUUCCGUAUAGUUAUAAGGGACGAAUUCAAGGAAGACGACUUGUCUUCCUUGAAUUCUGUGAGCUGACUAAAUUUUGCACCUCCAGCAGUUGGUGCAUGCCCUUCCUCCUCCUCAUCCUGGAUUGGGCCUCACAUCGUCCACGCCCCAUGGACAAUAUCAUAUAAAAAGGCUACAAUCAACUUUAGUUGGAGAGUGAAGGUUAAGCAGUCGGCAACAUGAUGUCAUUAGUUUGGGGAUUGGCCUGCAUCGUUGGCAUUCUGAUCCCGGCAAGUCUGGGAUCACAGUUAGGGCCACACCGCCAGCAGAGCCGUUUAGCCAGUCAUUCCCUCCCAAAGGUAUCACCACAGGUGUCCCCAAGGGCCCAUGCCAGCGUUGAGGACGUCAGAUCAACUGAACAAGCCUCUGAUGAAGCACGAAGCUCUGAAAUUUCCCCAGAGGUUCGGAAGACAGACCAGAGCAUUCUGAGUUUGCCGCAGCAGGAUGCACGCCACAUGUACUUACCACAGGGAGGACGGAACCUCAUCUCAGCAACUGGUGGCACUAAUUCCAGGUUUUAUCGCUCUCAGCCCUCACAUCACCAGCCGCUUUCACAGCUGCAACACAAAGCAGCAAAGCAUGCUUCUCAGCUGUUUGCUCAACAUCCCAAUUCUCCUGUAUCCACCAGAAUUACCACAGUAACCUCAUCAACAAACUGCAAGAAUCGUCCAAUAGAUUUGGUUUUCAUUGUCGACAGCUCCCGCAGCGUACGUCCUGCUGAGUUUGAAAAGGCCAAGGAGUUCCUGAUAAACAUGGUGGACACCCUGGAGAUCGGCUCAGAUGCCACCCGAGUGGGCCUUGUCAAUUAUGCAAGCACAGUGAAGAUUGAGUUUUAUUUGAACACCUAUUUUGACAAGCAAGCUUUAAAGCACGCAUUGGCCCGUGUUGAGCCUCUCUCUUCCGGCACCAUGACGGGCGUAGCCAUUAAAGCCGCAAUGGAGAAAGCUUUUAUUGCAGAGGCAGGGGCUCGCCGCAGCUCCAUGAACAUUGCCAAAGUAGCCAUCAUAGUGACUGAUGGGAGACCCCAGGACCAGGUAGAAGAGGUAUCAGCAGCAGCUCGGGCAUCUGGCAUCGAAAUCUAUGCGGUGGGAGUAGACAGAGCAGAUCUGAUGUCCCUCCGCCUCAUGGCCAGCCAGCCUCUAGAAGACCAUGUCUUCUACGUGGAGACGUAUGGUGUCAUAGAGAAGCUCACUGGCAAAUUUAGGGAAACCUUAUGUGGUAAGGAUGAUCUCGAGAGUGUGGAGAUUCCAUUAAGUGGUUUGCAAAUAGCACAAACUGGCAGGCAAGACGGUUAUGGGAUAAAAUAUGAAAAUGACAAUAGGACAAAGCACGGAGUGGAUGCAUGUGCUCGCGGGCAUAACUGCCAGCACAUCUGUGUCAACAAUGGUAACUCUUACAACUGUCAGUGUUGGGCUGGCUAUGUCUUGAAUGCAGACAAGAGGACAUGUUCACGUCAAGACGCAUGCGCCCGGGGACAUGACUGUCAACAUAUUUGCGUUAACAGUGGUGACUCUUACGUCUGCAAAUGUGGAAUGGGAUACGUCCUGAAUGCAGACCAGAAAACAUGCUCACGUGCGGAUCCGUGUGCUGCUGGACAUGAAUGUCAGCAUAUUUGUAUUGACAAUGGAGACUCUUACAUCUGUAAAUGUCAUCCAGGAUAUGCAUUGAAUCAAGACAAAAGAUCAUGCUCACGUUUAGUCACUGAUGCAUGUGCCAGAGGUAAUGACUGUCAGCAAAUCUGCGUCAACAAUGGAAAUUCCUACUACUGCAGAUGUCAAGUCGGGUACAUACUGAAUGUGGAUCAGAAAACAUGCUCACGCGCGGAUGCUUGUGCUCUUGGACACAACUGCCAGCAUACUUGUGUCAACAGCGGAGAUUCGUACAUUUGCAAGUGUCGUGUGGGAUAUAUUUUGAAUGCAGAUAAGAGAACGUGCUCACAGGAAACGAGAAGAGAAAUAACGCAAGAUGCCUGCAAGUGUGAAGCUCAGAUACUGUUCCAGAAAAAAAUGCAGUCAACCAUUCAAGACUUGAGCAGAAGACUCAAUGACCUUUCAGACCGAGUGAACCAGAUUGAAGACCAGCAGCAGUAUUAGGGACAGUGAUGAUGUCACAAGACCAGCACAGAAUUUGUAUAUUUUAUCAUAUUGGAACUUUCCCAUGGAAUUAUUUUCAGAAAUUGAAAAAAAAAAUAUGUCGGACACUAAUAGCACUUUGGUUUUAUAUUAAAACCCCUAUAUUUUCAUUCCAAACAUGUGUAUGUAUGUAAUCAUUCAUUCAUAGUACUGUAUUCAUUGCUUUCUAUGCAUGUAUUUUCUCAGAGGUCCGCAUCAAUGAACAUCAAACUGUUAUCCUUUUAGCAACAAGAUGAUCUCAUCCAGUGGAUUACAGCAAUACUAUGCAGAGAAAAGAUCAUAGUAAAGUCGGAUGCAGUUGGCCUACCUGUGGCUCAGUUACAUAAAACUUUAAUGGUGCACUUGUAUCAGUUUGGAACUUUUUCAUUAAUUUCAGUCAAGACUUUUGUUUUAUUUAUGGUCGGUGUUGUUGUAAAACACAACAGACAAAGGUCAAUUGAAAAUCAGAUCUGUUCAAUUGUCCAUGUGACCUAUUCAAAGUGUGCUCACUUGUAAGUACUGUAUUUUCUGCUUCUCUCACAUCCAAUGGUUUGGUUGUGAACAUGACAGCAUUUUGUAAUGAUUCUGUGCAAACUGAUGCCUUAUAUAAGAAAUAUUUUAAUUCCUGUUUCUUUUAUAAUGGACAUGUUAUUGGUGCUUGCUGAAUAAAUAUUCUGAAAUCAUUUAUUAAA